AUGGCUUAUGACCGCUUUGUGGCCAUCUGUCACCCUCUGCACUACACAGUUAUUAUGAAGCCCUGGUUCUGUGUGUGGCUGGUUCUGGUGUCCUGGGUUGUGAGUAUGUCACAUGCAUUGUUGCAAAGCUUAAUGAUGUUGCGACUGUCCUUCUGCACAGAUGAGGAAAUCCCCCAUUUUUUCUGUGAACUUAACCAGGUGGUCCACCGAGCCUGCUCUGACACUUUUCUUAAUGAUGUGGUGAUAUACUUUGCAACUGUGCUACUGGCUGGUUGUCCCCUGGCUGGUAUCCUUUACUCUUAUUCUAAGAUAGUGUCCUCCAUUCGUGCAAUCUCAUCAGCUCAGGGCAAGUACAAAGCCUUCUCCACCUGUGCAUCGCACCUCUCUGUGGUCUCCUUGUUCUAUGGCACAAGCCUAGGUGUGUACCUCAGUUCCGCUGUGACCCAAAACUCACGCUGUACUGCAACAGCCUCAGUGAUGUACAGCGUGGUCACCCCCAUGCUGAACCCCUUCAUCUACAGUCUGAGGAAUAAGGACAUCAAGAACGCUCUGAGAAGACUCUGUGACAAAGAGAAAUUGUGAAAACAUCUUUUGUGCUGAGAUUGAAGAAGUGCCCAUGAUUGCAGGGCUCAGAGCCUCAGAGCCAGAAACCGGGGUCCUACCAGAAGGAGGAAGCAGAACUUGCUCCUUCUACUUUA